AUGUCGUUUUCAAUACGAGCUGUUAGUGAGACGCAGGUGAGACGAAGGCGAAACGGAAACGAACCGCAGGCGAGCUGGAGUGAGGACGCAGGCGAGUCGGAGUCAAGCCGAAGUCGAGUUGAAAUCACACAGCAGCGAAAAACAAUGGUAACCCUAAAGUUCCUCGAUUAUCACUCAACAUUGAAAACACAUGUCAAAAAGACGGAGAAGAAAGUGGAAAAGGAAGAGGAAAAGGAAAAGGAAAAAGAAAAGGAAAAGGAAAAGGAAAAGGAAAAGGAAAAGGAAAAGGAAAAGGAAAAGGAAAAGGAAAAGGAAAAGGAAAAGGAAAAGGAAAAGGAAAAGGAAAAGGAAAAGGAAAAGGACAAGGACAAGGACAAGGACAAGGACAAGGACAAGGAGAAGGAGAAGGAGAAGGAGAAGGAGAAGGAGAAGGAGAAGGAGAAGGAGAAGGAGAAGGAGAAGGAGAAGGAGAAGGAGAAGGAGAAGGAGAAGGAGAAGGAGAAGGAGAAGGAGAAGGAGAAGGAGAAGGAGAAGGAGAAGGAGAAGGAGAAGGAGAAGGAGAAGGAGAAGGAGAAGGAGAAGGAGAAGGAGAAGGAGAAGGAGAAGGAGAUGGAAAAGGAAAGGGAAAAGGACAAGGAGAAGGAGAAGGAGAAUUUUUAACCGAUUCUAUAGAAAUGGAAGAAUUACAAAACAAUGGUAACCGUCACACUUGUCAAAAAGACGGAGAAGAAAGUGGAAAAGGAGAAGGAGAAGGAGAAGAAGAAGAAGAAUUUUUAACCGAUUCUAUAGAAAUCGAAAAAUUCCAAAACAAUGGUAACCAUGAAGUUAUUAAAUUAAUACCCAGCAUUAAAAACACAUGCCAAAAAGACGAAGAAGAAAGUGGAAAAGGAAACGAAAAAGGAAAAGGAGAAAAAGAAAGCGAAGGAGAAAGAGAAAAGGAAGGAGAAAAAAUGGACUUCAGUAAUAUAGACGAACAU